AUGUCGGUUAUAUGGUGUAAUUUUGCAAUAGGAUUAUGUAUCGCAACUGCAUUUUUGGUCAUCAUUGUAAGAGUAUAUGCAGCAAGGAAGUUAAAGUACAGCCGUCCUGGCUCUGUAGCUGAUCUUGUCAGACGUGGCCAGCUAAGAUCUGAUAGAAGAGGCAUCUCAAUGCCUCUCAAGUAUGAAGAUCCAUUCAAUAAUCCAUUGGUGAAAGUUGGGAAAAGCAAUUCAACCAUCGAAAUGUGUGGAAAGGUUCAAUGUACAACAAAUUAUAUCCCAAUAAUACUCUACAGCAUAGCUGAAGUGGUUCCCAUACCAGGAGCACCUAGCCAAGAAUUUAUUGAUGAGAUUCCUUUGGUUGCUUCAAAAUCUGGAACGGGCCAACAUUCACGUGAAAAGUUAGAAUUCAAGCAUAGAGUUCCAAUAGCUCUAGGGGCAGCUAAAGGUGAUCCUCUGCAAAAUCAGUGA